AUGAAUUUAAUGAUUAAUUACAGUAUUACGGAUGAUGUAAAUACACUAAACAUUGAAGAAUCUUUCAAAAGAUUUAUCAACAGUAUCCAGAAAAUUCGCAGCAGAUAUUGUGGUAGUAAUAUUCCACCAACACAAUUUAUCAUUCAACAAUUAUAUAAUUUUAUAAUUACUGUACAAAUGGAACUAUCAAUAAAUGAUAUUAAUAAUUUAUUUGACCAAUUGAUAAAGAUUGAACCUGUAUUUAAAAAUAUUUCAACACCUUUUGUCUAUUUACCUGAUAAAGAAAAAUCACAGUGUGUUGGUGAUCAUGAAAUAUUAAAAAAUCAAAAUAUAUGUCCAGGAAUUAUCAGUGAUUGUGUUGAUGGAAAUUUAAUUCUAUAUUGUCUCGAGUUAAAAAAUAUACCUUCUGUAAAUUUUCCAUUCAUUCAAGUGUGGAAUAAAGACAAAGGAUAUUUUUCUCUCACGAAGAAUGGAUUUUCUGAUUUAGUAACAAAUGAACAUGGAACUAUAAAUGAUUGUUUUAAAAAUCCAACUAAAACAUUGAGAACCACAGAUACUUGCUAUCCUCAAAAAUGUACAUGUAACGAAACAAAAUAUUCAUUAAGAAUAAAAAAUAAAAUUGUCAUCUCAACACGAUUAAUAAAAUCUGAUGUUGAAAAUAACAUGGUUAUUACUGGUGUGAGAUUUGUCAAAAAUAAUGAAACAAUUUACACACAAAUACGAGAAGGUAAAUUAUUAGCUGGUGGAUAUAUAAAUCAAACAACUGUCAAAUGGAAGCCUAUUAAGUAUUUGAGUAAAAAUAUAAUUGAUGAAAAGCUAAAAAGUGAUAGUAAAGAAUUCAUCGAAAUUGAUAAGAAAAAUAAAUCAAUUAAUAUGGAUGCUGUUAAUUGUAAAUCUGAUUCUUCAAUUGUCACUGGUAUUAGACUAAAGUCUCAUGAUAAUCGUAUAUCUUUGACAAUUGUUUGUCAUAAUGUUGACUGGAUAAAUGGAACUUUAUCAACUGACAUGAAAACAAUUAUUUAUCCAGUUAAAAAAAACGAUAAAAAUUUAAAACAAAUCGUUGAAGGUACAGGAAAUCGAUCAGAACUUUUGGGUAAUAAUGAUCAUGGUAAAAAUGCAUCAUUAAAUCGUGAAAAUAAUUAUGAAGAAUUUGUUAAUUUGUCAUUUGAUGGACAAGAUGUUAUGAGUACAAUAAGUGUACCAAUAUCUGGAGUUGAAAUUUAUCAAAAAAAUAAUAACAGCUCGUCUUAUUUUAUUGCAUAUCGUUUGUAUUCAAUUGAUUACAGUAAAUUGUAAAUUUAAAAGUACAAAUAUUUCUCCUAUUAUAAAAAGAACACAAAGAAUUUUUUUAGCAUUUGUUUAUAAUUAUACUUUUAUUGUUUCCUCUGUUACAUUGACACGUUGCUACAUGUUGUUAAGUAGUUGCUACGUUUGUUUAUUUUCGGCAGUUAAUUUAUGUAGAUUAUAAUAUAAAUAAAUAAUAAUAAAGUGAUUGUUAAUAAUUAUAUGUAAUUAUGAUGAAUAAAGUGGUGAUAAUAAAGAUACAAAAGAAUAAAUACGGUGUUGUUCUGUUAUUUAAAUAGUAAACUUAUUUUAAUGUUAAGUUAGUAGUUGAAAAAUUCACGAAUACCUCCUUCAGCAUUCUAUAUUCCUGAUGAAUUCCUAAGUAAAAUCUUUGAAAAUUACUUCUUCGAUUUUCUGUUAGCCUGAUAUUUUUAGAAAAACAUUUUAAAAAUUCGUAUCAGGAACAUAGAAUGACCGAAGAGGUAUUUGAUGUUUUUUGAAAUUUACCUCCUUGA